GUUUCUGGAGCAGCAGCAAUGGCGGCCGAGCAGCAACAGUUCUACUUGCUCUUAGGUAACCUGCUCAGCCCCGAGAACGGCACCAGAAAGCAAGCAGAGGAAACCUACGAGACCAUCCCUGGGCCAUCCAAAAUCACAUUUCUUUUGCAAGCUAUCAGGAAUGGAGCUGUUGCAGAAGAGGUAAGACAGAUGGCAGCUGUCUUACUGCGACGUCUCUUGUCCUCCUCAUUUGAAGAAGUUUAUCCUUCCCUUCCUGUUGACCUCCAAACUGCCAUCAAAAGCGAACUUCUGCUUGCCAUUCAAGUGGAAUCUCAGUCUAGUAUGCGGAAGAAGACAUGUGAUAUUGUCGCAGAGCUGGCCAGAAACCUAAUAGAUGAUGAUGGAAAUAACCAGUGGCCUGAAGCAUUAAAGUUUCUUUUUGACUCUGUAAGUUCCCAAGAUGAUGGACUGCGUGAGGCAGCACUACACAUCUUCUGGAACUUCCCUGGAAUUUUUGGAAACCAACAGCAACAUUACCUUGAAGUUAUCAAGAGAAUGCUUGUGCAGUGCAUGCAAGAGCAAAAUCAUCCUGUAAUCAGAACACUGUCUGCUAGAGCUGCAGGUGCAUUUGUGCUUGCUAAUGAGCACAAUAUUCCCCUGCUGAAGCACUUCUCAGACUUGCUGCCAGGUAUACUGCAGUCUGUAAAUGAAUCCUGUUACCAGAAUGACGACUCUGUCCUAAAAUCACUGGUUGAGAUUGCAGACACUGUACCAAAAUUUUUAAGACCACAUCUGGAAGCAACCUUACAACUGAGCCUGAAGCUUUGUGCAGACCGAACACUGAGCAAUAUGCAGAGACAACUGGCCCUGGAAGUCAUUGUCACCCUUUCGGAGACCGCAGCAGCUAUGUUAAGAAAACAUACAACUAUUGUUGCUCAGGCGAUCCCUCAGAUGUUGGCAAUGAUGGUGGAUUUAGAUGAUGAUGAUGACUGGUCAAAUGCAGAUGAGCUGGAAGAUGAUGAUUUUGACAGUAAUGCUGUUGCUGGAGAAAGUGCCUUGGACAGAAUGGCAUGUGGCCUGGGGGGGAAAAUUGUUCUUCCAAUGAUUAAAGAGCACAUUAUGCAAAUGCUUCAAAACCCUGACUGGAAGUAUAGGCAUGCUGGGCUUAUGGCAUUGUCAGCCAUUGGGGAAGGUUGUCACCAGCAGAUGGAGGGCAUUCUUAAUGAGAUGGUCAAUUUUGUACUGCUCUUCCUUCAAGAUCCUCAUCCUCGAGUACGUUAUGCUGCAUGUAAUGCCAUUGGCCAGAUGGCUACUGACUUUGCUCCUGCUUUCCAGAAGAAGUUUCAUGAGAAGGUUAUUGCAAGUCUUCUGCAAACUAUGGAAGACCAAGCAAAUCCACGCGUUCAGGCUCAUGCAGCAGCUGCUCUCAUUAACUUCACCGAAGACUGUCCAAAGUCCCUUCUUAUUCCAUACCUUGAUAAUCUUGUAAAGCACUUGCACUCAAUUAUGGUGGUGAAACUUCAGGAGCUGAUCCAGAAAGGAACAAAACUUGUCUUGGAACAAGUUGUAACCUCAAUAGCAUCUGUUGCAGACACUGCUGAGGAAAAGUUUGUUCCAUAUUAUGAUUCGUUUAUGCCUUCACUGAAACACAUUGUUGAAAAUGCUGUACAAAAGGAACUUCGACUACUGAGAGGCAAAACUAUCGAGUGCAUCAGUUUGAUUGGUUUAGCUGUUGGGAAAGAGAAGUUUAUGCAAGAUGCUUCAGAUGUCAUGCAGUUGUUGCUGAAGACGCAAACUGAUUUCAGUGAUUUGGAAGAUGAUGACCCUCAGAUUUCCUAUAUGAUCUCUGCCUGGGCAAGAAUGUGCAAAAUUCUGGGAAAGGAAUUCCAGCAAUAUCUUCCAGUGGUCAUGGGUCCUUUGAUGAAGACGGCAUCUAUAAAACCUGAAGUGGCCCUACUUGAUACGCAAGACAUGGAAGGCAUGAGUGAGGAUGAUGGUUGGGAAUUUGUUAAUCUUGGUGAUCAGCAAAGUUUUGGAAUCAAAACGGCAGGCCUUGAAGAAAAAGCGACAGCUUGUCAGAUGUUGGUUUGCUACGCAAAAGAACUCAAAGAAGGAUUUGCAGACUAUACAGAACAAGUUGUUAAGCUAAUGGUCCCAUUGCUAAAAUUCUAUUUCCACGAUGGUGUUAGAGUGGCAGCUGCAGAAUCCAUGCCUUUACUUUUGGAGUGCGCCAGGGUUCGUGGUCCAGAGUACUUGACCCAAAUGUGGCAUUUUAUGUGUGAUGCUCUUAUCAAGGGAAUUGGAACAGAACCAGACUCUGACGUUCUUUCAGAAAUAAUGCAUUCUCUUGCAAAAUGCAUUGAGGUAAUGGGUGAUGGGUGCUUAAACAAUGAACACUUUGAAGAGCUUGGUGGAAUACUGAAGAGCAAACUAGAAGAGCACUUUAAAAACCAGGAACUCAGACAAGUGAAAAGACAAGAUGAAGAUUAUGAUGAGCAGGUUGAGGAGUCGUUACAAGAUGAAGAUGACAAUGAUGUUUACAUUCUGACUAAAGUAUCAGACAUUUUGCACUCUAUAUUCAGCAGCUACAAGGAGAAGAUUUUGCCAUGGUUUGAGCAGUUGUUGCCUUUGAUUGUUAACUUAAUUUGUCCUCACAGGCCUUGGCCCGACAGACAAUGGGGACUUUGUAUUUUUGACGAUGUCAUAGAACAUUGCAGCCCAUCCUCCUUUAAAUAUGCAGAGUAUUUCCUGAGGCCACUGCUACAGUCAAUUUGUGACAACAGCCCUGAAGUUAGGCAAGCUGCUGCUUAUGGUGUUGGUGUAAUGGCACAAUUUGGAGGUGACAACUAUCGCCCCUUCUGCACAGCUCUUCCUUUGCUUGUUGGGGUUAUCCAGGCUCCAGAUUCAAAAACCAAAGAGAAUAUUAAUGCAACGGAAAACUGCAUUUCUGCAGUCGGAAAAAUCAUGAAGUUCCGACCAGAUUGUGUUAAUGUGGAAGAAGUCCUGCCACACUGGUUGUCAUGGCUGCCCCUGCAUGAGGACAAAGAAGAAGCUGUUCACACUUUCAACUUCCUUUGUGACCUCAUUGAAAGCAACAAUCCAAUUGUCCUUGGACCUAACAACUCAAAUUUACCCAAGAUCUUCAGUAUAAUAGCAGAUGGUGGUGUUCAUGAAUCUAUUAAAAAUGAAGACGUAUGUGGAAAACGGCUUGCAAAUGUCAUCCGACAAGUUCAGGCCUCAGGAGUAUUAUUUACAGAAUGUGUGUCACAGCUAAAUGCGGCCCAGCAGAAAGCUUUACAGGAUCUACUCAGCACUGCGUGAAAGGCCUUCACCACUACAUAUCAGGAAAACUAACAUCAAAUAAACUUACCUCUUCUGUUUAGGUUUUCUUGUUUUAGUUUUUGAGCAAAAAGAACAGUAGUGCUUAUAGGCCAAGUUUUAGCAGGCCAUCAAAAACAGCUGGCAGAAAGCACUAGCUAUCAGACUGCAGUGUCAAAUGGAUCCUUCUACAAGAGAGCUGUCCCCUGCAGACAUACAGAUGGCUAUAAAAGGAUUAUUUUUCUAUCCUUACAUCUUCCCUCCUUAUAUAUUUUCCACUUUUGUGGGUAGGGGGGUUCACUUUGCCUGAGUUCCAGUAAAUUAGGACUGUGGGUGCUACAAUUGGUUCAAAAUGGACUUCUUCCCAUGCACUGGAAGUACUUGCAGCACUUUUUGACCUAGCAUGAUCAAUGUGGUUCCACCACCUGAGUGAUAUGGUUACCAUACGUAUUUAGGAUGGUUUUGCUAUGGUCAAUAAUGAACUCCAACAUUUUACUUAAAAAGUGGGAUAGAAAAAUUCCUUGCGCUUUGAAAUGUAUCCCAAACCAAAGGUAUGAAGGUAAUGUGGAAGUUUGCGCAAAGAUUCAUAUUGGCAUAAUUUUUUUGUGCCAUCAGCUGUUUUCAUAGGAUUUAUGAAUUGAGGCAGGAAUAUAUUUAGCUUCUGGCCCUUGAAUGUGAAAAAUGUCUUUUGGCAUGUCUUGCAACUCAUUCACUCCUCAAUAAACAAUGAAAUAUCUCAACCAACCUUUUGGUAGGUUAA